UUCCAUCAGAUUGAUAAUGGAGGAGAACAAUGAUUCCACAGAGAACACCCAGCAAGGCCCAGGGCGGAACAAUGCCAUGAAGUGUGGGUGGUUGAGGAAGCAAGGAGGCUUUGUCAAGACUUGGCAUACACGCUGGUUUGUGCUCAAGGGAGAUCAGCUCUAUUAUUUCAAGGAUGAAGAUGAAACCAAGCCUUUGGGUACAAUUGUUCUGCCUGGAAAUAAAGUCGUUGAACAUCCUUGCAAUGAAGAAAGUCCAGGGAAAUUCCUUUUUGAAGUAGUUCCAGGAGGUGACCGAGAUCGGAUGACAGCAAAUCAUGAGAGCUACUUGCUUAUGGCAAGCACCCAGAAUGAUAUGGAAGACUGGGUGAAGGCUAUUCGCCGUGUGAUAUGGGGACCAUUUGGAGGAGGUAUUUUUGGACAGAAGCUGGAAGAUACUGUUCGGUAUGAGAAAAGAUAUGGGAAUCGUCUGGCUCCCAUGUUGGUGGAACAAUGUGUGAGCUUUAUCCGGCAAAGAGGCCUCAAGGAAGAGGGUCUCUUUCGGCUGCCAGGCCAGGCAAAUCUUGUGAAGGAACUCCAAGAUGCCUUCGACUGUGGUGAGAAACCAUCAUUUGACAGCAACACGGACGUGCACACAGUUGCUUCUCUCCUUAAACUCUAUCUCCGGGAACUUCCAGAACCAGUUAUUCCUUAUGCCAAGUAUGAAGAUUUCUUGUCCUGUGCCAAACUCCUCAGCAAGGAAGAGGAAGUAGGUGUGAAGGACUUAGCAAAACAAGUGAAGAGUUUGCCAGUAGUCAAUUACAACCUCCUCAAGUAUAUUUGCAGGUUUUUGGAUGAAGUACAGUCCCAUUCUGGAGUUAACAAAAUGAGUGUACAGAACUUGGCCACUGUCUUUGGCCCUAAUAUUUUGCGCCCCAAAGUGGAAGAUCCUUUGACCAUUAUGGAGGGCACAGUUGUGGUUCAGCAAUUGAUGUCAAUGAUGAUUAGUAAACACGAUCGCCUCUUUCCCAAAGAUGUAGAACUUCAAAGCAAACCCCAAGAUGGAAUGACCACCAAUAACAAUGAAACUCAGAAGAAAGCUACCAUGGGUCAGAUACAAAACCAAGAGAACAAUAAUACUAAAGAUAGUCCUGGCAGACAAUGUUCUUGGGACAAGUCAGAGUCCCCCCAAAGAAGCAAUGUGGAGAAUGGGUCACCCACAACUCUCUCAGGCACCAAAACCAAUAGUCCAAGGAACAGUGUUCAUAAGCUGGAUGUCUCUAGGAGCCCGCCUCUUACGGUGAAAAAGAAUCCAGCCUUCAAUAAGGGCAGUGGAAUAGUCACCAAUGGGUCUUUCAGCAGCAGUAACACAGAGGGACUUGAGAAAGCUCAGACUACUCCCAACGGGAGUUUACAAGCCAGGAGAGCCUCUUCCCUGAAGGGACCUGGUACUAAAAUGGGCACACACAGUGUGCAAAAUGGGACCAUGCGCAUGGGCAUUCUGAGCAGCGACACCCUUGGGCCCUCCACGAAUGGCCGUAGCAUGAGUUGGCUGCCCAAUGGCUACGUGACCUUGAGGGACACCAAGCAGAAGGAGCAAUCAGGAGAGUCAGGCCAGCACAAUAGACUAUCUACUUAUGACAAUGUCCAUCAGCAGUUCUCCAUGAUGAACCUUGAUGACAAGCAUAGUGUGGACAGUGCCACCUGGUCCACAUCUUCCUGUGAAAUCUCCCUUCCUGAGAACUCCAACUCUUGCCGAUCCUCAACUACUACCUGUCCAGAACCAGACUUUUAUGCAGGCAAUUUUGAGGACCCUGUUUUGGAUGGGCCUUCUCAGGAUGACCUUUCUCACCCUGGAGACUAUGAAAACAAAAGUGACCGGAGGAGUGUGGGAGGUCGAAGUAGUCGUGCCACAAGCAGCAGUGACAACAGUGACACAUUUGUUGGCAACAAUACCAACAACCACAGUGCACUGCAUAGUCUAGUUUCCAGCUUAAAACAAGAAAUGACCAAACAGAAGAUAGAAUAUGAAUCUAGGAUAAAAAGCCUAGAACAGAGAAACUUGACUUUAGAAACAGAAAUGAUGACCCUUCAUGAUGAACUAGAUCAAGAAAGGAAAAAAUUCACAAUGGUAGAAAUAAAGAUGCGAAAUGCCGAGAGAGCCAAAGAAGAUGCAGAAAAAAGAAAUGAUAUGCUUCAGAAAGAAAUGGAGCAGUUUUUUUCCACCUUUGGGGAGCUGACAGUGGAACCUAGGAGAACUGAGAGAGGAAACACUAUAUGGAUUCAAUGAGCCUGGAUUCUACUCUCUCUGAUGGGGUCUGGGAUGGACUGUGAAGGUCCUGUUGGGAGCGUAUGGGAUCAGGUGACAGGUUGCUUGGUUGUGCGGUACUCUCACUGGUGAAGGAAUAUCACAUCUAGACAUCACCCAUCCAUAUCUGCAAUGUGUACCAAAGUUAUAUCAUGCCUCAUAAUGCUACUGUCAAGUGUUAAACUGGAUAUGUGUAUAUAGAGUAGUUUUUAAAAAAGUAAACUAAAAAUGAAAAGCAUAGCUCAGAAUUAUUUUAUUGCAAGUCUUGUAUGUAAAAUGUUAAAUCAAUAUGUUGCAAUUUAGCUUGCUUUUAAGCUUCACUUCUUGCACUUAACAUAACAUAAGCUAUUUUUGGCAUUGUGUUAUCAUCAGCUUAUUUUAUAGAUCAAUAUUUUUAUUUCCCCUUUUGUUGAGGAAAUGAAGAUAAGCAGACAUAUAAAUAUAUGCAUAUAUCAGGUGAGUUAUUAAAAUCAAAAUAAUACUUUGUGAUUGUGCUAUUUGUACCAAUAGACUUUGCCAUGACCAAAAAGAGAAAUGUAAAUAAUUUUAUAAAACAGAGCAGAAUUUCUAAGA